AUGCGCCCCCGCGCCACCCCCCGCGCCCCCUCCGGCGCCCCCGCCGCCGCCGCCGCCGCCGCCGCGCUGGGAGUCCGCAGCCUCCUCCUGCUGCUACUGCUCCGGCCCGGGCACGCGUGCCCCGCGGGCUGCGCCUGCACCGACCCGCACACCGUGGACUGCCGCGACCGCGGGCUGCCCAGCGUGCCCGACCCUUUCCCCCUGGACGUGCGCAAGCUGCUGGUGGCCGGCAACCGCAUCCAGCGCAUCCCCGAGGACUUCUUCAUUUUCUACGGCGACCUGGUCUACCUGGACUUCAGGAACAACUCGCUGCGCUCGCUGGAGGAGGGCACGUUCAGCGGCUCGGCCAAGCUGGCCUUCCUCGACCUCAGCUACAACAACCUGACCCAGCUGGGCGCCGGAGCCUUCCGCUCGGCCGGGAGGCUGGUCAAGCUGAGCCUGGCCAACAACAACCUGACGGGCGUGCACGAGGCCGCCUUCGAGACGCUGGAGUCGCUGCAGGUGCUGGAGCUCAACGACAACAACCUGCGCAGCCUCAACGUGGCCACCCUGGCCGCGCUGCCCGCGCUGCGCACCCUGCGUCUGGACGGCAACCCCUGGCUCUGCGACUGCGACUUCGCCCACCUCUUCUCCUGGAUCCAGGAGAACGCGUCCAAGCUGCCCAAAGGCCGUGAGGAAAUCCAGUGCUCUCUGCCCCUGGGGAACAGGAGGAUAUUCCUGCACGAGCUGUCCGAGGCCAGCUUCAGCGAGUGUAGGUUCAGCCUGUCGCUCACGGACCUGUUCAUCAUCAUCUUCUCGGGCGUGGCGGUGUCCAUCGCUGCCAUCAUCUCCAGCUUCUUCCUGGCCACCGUGGUGCAGUGCUUCCAGAGAUGUGCCCCCAACAAGGACACCGAAGACGAGGAGGACGAGGAUGAGGACGACUGAGCCGCCCCCUCCCUUCCUGGAUUGCCAGAGCCCAGGCGGGGCUCCCCUCCGAGCCUAGCGGGAAGAGGGGAAGCUGGAAGUGGGAAGCAGUCAACCCACGGUGCCCAGAGCAGCACCUGCCCCCGUCCGUGCACCUGGCCGUGCACCUGGCCACACACCCUGGGUGCCCGCUGGGACCUCCCAUCUCAGAGUUUAAGACCUUAGGGGUGGACGAGCCCAGGAAGGAUUCUGGAGGGACCUGCCUCUUGGCUUGAGGUUCGAGAAUGGGGUAGAGAGAGGCUUCCCCGCUGACCCUGAACCCCAAGCCGGGGGGAGCAGACGCUUGCAGCUCUGACCACCGAGCUGGCUUGUGCAUCUGUUCUCUGGCCUGGCUUGGGACACUGAGCAGCAGCCUCUUCGUCCCGGGAUGCAGCCGCUCAGACAGGGACUCACAUCCAGGGUCCUGUCCCUGGAGUGGACUUCUGCCAUACAGGGCUUCGGCAGCCUCUAGAGGUCCACAGGACAGAUCCCCAUUUGGCUAAAGAGGCACCGAGGGAAAAGCUACGAUCUGGCCAAAGGGCGUUUGUUGCUGUAAUUUGGUGAGCAGGUGAGGAAGACUUUUCCUGACAGAGCUCACACCCUGUCCUCAGCCCGAGAGGAAGCAACUUGUAGAGGAAGGAGGGUCCGUCUUGUAUACAGUCUCCAUGGCCUCUGUGCCCCAUCACUCCUUCCCCUGAAACACAGCCACUUGUCUCCCUUCCCUGGCCCCUUCCCCAGCCCCCCCACCACUGGAAUCCCUCCUCAGCCAGCUAAUGCCUGGCUGGUCUCUGUGCUGGCACGGGUCCAGACUUGUCACCUCCAGCACUUGUGGUAAACUUUCCCCCGAGGCCAGGAUUCCAAAAAGCAGGUUGUGCUGGACCAAGAAAAUGCUAAAAAAACAAAACAAACAAACAGACAAACAAAAAAACCCAGAGAUUUGGCCUCUGAGAAACCUCCAUCAGUGGCCUUAGGGUGUGUGUUACAUUUCCUUGGAGCAUAGUUUGUGACAGGCCGUGUUUUCCUGGAUGUGGAAGACGGUGCUUGGUUCAGAGAUAAUAUGAAGCCACGUCAUGUGCCUGGCGGGUUAAUGUAGGGCGACGGUGUCAGCAGCAUUGGACUCUGCUGGGGACUGAGACUUUGAGGGAGCCUGAGAGAAGCCCUGGGUGUUUCUGGGAACCACCUCUCCACUGUUUCUCCUAAUAUAUUCCUUAUGUGCUCUUCCUCCAUUGCUCCCUCCCAUCUCUGCCUCCACAAAGACCCACUGUCACUUGCUAAGGGCCAGGCACUGGUCUGGGCAGCGUGGGUGUGCGCUAAGAAGACAGGGCCCCUGCUC